AGUCCCAUAAUAUAGAAUAUAGCUGACUCCACUACUUGACUCAAAUUUUUAAUAGGUAAUCGUAAUCGUAAUAGGUUUAUAAAUAAGUUUCUUGUCUUGUUUCUUAAAACUUAAAAUUGUGCUUGGCGUUUGUUUUCUGAGCAAAUUUAAUUUGGGUGUAGUUUUAUAAACAGCUUAAAACGAAGAGAUACCUCUACAAAAAAAAAAAUGAAUCCAUUUUUAAAUCUUGGUAUGUUUGAACAAAUAAUGUUUCAACACGCAGCUGCACAAAUUCAACAAGCAGUGGAACAAGGCUUCAAUGCACAUUUCACAGCUACUGACGAUGACGAUAGUACUAUUGAUUUUGAGCCGAUGGUACCACAAAAAAAGGAUUAUGAACCGAAGAUGACCGAUUUGGAACUAUUAGAAAAAACGGUGUCUAUGAUGAAGUCAGACAAGGAUUUUUUAUUGAUUUUGCAAAAUAUUUUGAAGGUCUGUGACGAUCCUGAAAAAUUUAAACCAGAAAAUUUAGCCGUAUUAAGAGGUUUUGCUCAAUUGCUAGACGAGAUUAGAGAUGAUAAUUGCGAGAAACCAUUGAAGUUUAUAUCUGCAACUUUAUCUGAACGCUUUCUAACAAAGGAGCUUCUUAAAUUUACUGGUACUACAGAUAAAGUUGAGGAACUAGCAUACUUAGCUCGAGGAGGUUUUGGACUUAUAUUUAUAGGAACACUUAAAAAAACUGAUGGGUCUAAAGAUAAGGUUAUCGUAAAAAGAUCAGUACCAGGAAAGGAGGCAUUUUUAAAAUCUGAGGCAACAAUUAUGAGUCAGUUGGAUCACAAGAACAUCAUCAAAAUGUUGUCGUUUGUUCCAGAUUCAAUGGAAAUUGUAAUGGAGUUCAUGGAAAAUAAAAGAUUAGAUACAUUUUUGGAAGGUGUGAAAAUAGACAAAAAAAUAUUUUAUAAUAUGAUAUUAGACAUUAUAAAUGGUAUGGAAUAUUUGGAACAAAAUAAAAUCGUCCACAGGGAUUUGUCCCCAAGAAAUAUUUUUGUGGGUUCAAAUAUGGAGUGCAAAAUUGGAGAUUUUGGUUUCGCUGUCAAAGUUACUAGGCCAGACGGAAUCUACAAAGAAGAGCAUGGAAAGUUAACAGGACAUCAUAUACCACAAAACGUUUUAAUAAGUCAAGAAUUUUCUACAAAAACUGAUAUUUGGUCUUUCGGAUUGCUUGUGUGGGAAAUGCACUAUCUCAAAUUUGGCGGUCCUUUGUUUAUGUUAAUGCCUAUAUUAGACCGAUUUAAAUUUUCAGGAGAAUUACCAUGUGAAAAUAUUCCGCGAAGAAUAACAAACUAUUUUGAACACCUGAUGCAUGUUGAUCCAGCAAGAAGACCACCUUUUGCAGAAAUCAAGAAAUUUUUCUCAUCCUAUGUCUAAGGCGUAUAAGAUUUUUUAGAAUAAGUUAAAAUGUUAAAAGUGAAAUAAUUCAUAUAACUUUCCAGUAUUUUUUUAAUUUUUAAUCUUGUAUUAUUAUAACAAUGAAGCAAAAUAAAAUGUUUUUAUGA